CAUGAGCUUCAUAAAUCCUUGGUUCAGAGAAAACACCAUAGUACGAUUCAACUGAACAGUAAAGGAAGUAUGAAAGAAAAACCUAUUGGACUCUAAAUUCUUGGACCACAAACAGACUUACUUCAAAAUGGUUCAGUACAAAAAUAUUGCUGUUCGUGUUCUUGAAGAAUGGUGUCUGCAGGAACCACUGCUUGGCUUCAAGAAACACCAAAAUAUAAAGAAAAAACAGAGACUGAUACGAGUAACAGGACUUUUUCUGGGUAUUAUGGCGAUGAGCACGCUCUCACUUUCAGUCAGUGCCUUUUUCCAGUUGGAACCUUAUAACAGGGAGACAAUCAGCAGUCCAGACAGUGAAAAAUCUAAGUCAGUGCAUCAAAGAACUCUGCUGGACUAUCAGGAACAGAAUCAGAAUAGUACUCUGGAUUCACCUAUUUCUUUGAAAUUUAAAGAUGGACUUGAUAACCACACAGAGCACCGCUCUCAGGGGGAGUAUCCAUCAGAUCUUUUUUCUCUUGAGCAAAGACGAAAGGGUGCUGUGAUCCUUCAUAUCGUUGGGAUGGUUUACAUGUUCAUAGCCUUAGCUAUUGUCUGCGAUGAGUUCUUUGUUCCUUCACUGACAGUCAUCACAGAAAAACUGAAAAUUUCUGAUGAUGUUGCUGGGGCAACGUUUAUGGCCGCUGGUGGCUCAGCCCCAGAACUCUUUACUUCUUUAAUAGGAAUCUUUAUUUCUCGCAGCAAUGUUGGCAUUGGGACAAUAGUUGGGUCUGCAGUAUUCAACAUCCUGUUUGUGAUUGGGAUGUGUGCUUUGUUUUCUAAAGAGAUUUUGCACCUUACUUGGUGGCCACUUUUUCGGGAUGUAUCCUUUUACAUCGUAGACUUGAUACUGCUAAUCGUCUUCUUUUUGGAUAAUUUCAUUAGAUGGUGGGAAAGUUUAAUACUACUGAGUGCAUAUGUGGUCUAUGUGACUUUCAUGAAAUUCAAUGUGCAGAUAGAAGAAUGGGUGAAAAGUAUAUUUAGCAAGAACAAAGUGGAUAAAGUAUCGCCAGAACCUGAUGGAAAGACUAAACCACGUCUCCAAAGGGGUGGAAGUUCUGCAUCUCUUCACAAUAGUCUAAUGAGGAAUAGCAUUUUCCAACUUAUGAUUCACACACUUGAUCCAUUGGCUGAAGAGCUUGGAUCAUAUGGAAAGCUAAAAUAUUAUGACACAAUGACUGAAGAAGGAAAGUUCAAAGAAAGGGCAUCUAUUCUUCAUAAGAUGGCCAAAAAGUCCCCAGAAAUAGAUGGUGAACAACGGAAUGGAAGAGCCAAACAUGCUGAAAAAAUUGAAGUUGAAGUGACACCACCCAGUGAUGGCCCUGUGCAAAAUGGAAGUGCUGUUGGUGCAGACAAGGAAGAUGAGGAAGAUGAUCAGCCCCUCAGCCUGGCCUGGCCUGAUACGCCCCAGAAGUGGCUUACGUAUCUGAUUAUUUUUCCUAUUGUUUUUCCAUUAUGGGUGACUCUGCCUGAUGUUAGAAAUCCAUCAUCAAAAAAGCUUUUCCCUCUCACAUUUUUUGGAUCCAUCUCUUGGAUAGCUGUAUUUUCUUACUUAAUGGUCUGGUGGGCACAUCAGGUUGGGGAGACCAUUGGGAUCAGUGAAGAAAUCAUGGGCUUGACUAUGUUAGCCGCUGGUACAUCUAUCCCUGAUCUAAUCACCAGUGUCAUUGUGGCACGAAAAGGACUAGGGGACAUGGCAGUCUCCAGCUCUGUGGGAAGUAACAUCUUUGACAUCACAGUGGGCCUUCCUCUGCCAUGGUUCCUCUAUGCCACAGUUAACAACUUCUCCCCAGUGGUAGUGAGCAGCAAUGGCUUAUUCUGUGCUAUUGUUCUCCUCUUCAUCAUGCUUCUCUUUGUCAUCCUCUCUAUUGCGUUCUGCAAGUGGAAGAUGAACAAAUUCCUGGGUUUCACCAUGUUCGGGCUCUAUUUUAUAUUCCUGGUUGUCAGCGUCCUUCUGGAAGACAGGAUUAUUGUAUGCCCUGUGUCCAUCUAAUAGGAAGGAAAUACUCCUUUUGGAACAACAUCAAAACAGACAACUGAAGAAAAAAAUU